CAUUCACCCAGUUCGCCCUAGACAACCGGGCUCCCAUUUCAGUUAGGCAUUGCCAUCCAACACAAGCAACCGAGAUUUCUCCAGGCACCUGCAACUGUCCAGCUGUACAACUGCGACUCGAUCGUAUCCAAUUAGCCACAGUUCCAUUUGCAACUCCUCCACGAACAUGCCGUCCGAGAUCAAAGACAAGAACGCCGAGCCCAUCAAUGAAGGCGACCACGUCUUUGCCCGGUCGCGCGGCGGACGACACGAGGGCGAGGUCGAGAAGAUCGUUACCUCAAAGGAGGAGGCCGAGAAGGAGGGCGUGAAGCAUCCGCCCAAGGUCCUCUUCACCGACCAGCACGGCCACAAAGUCGAGCACAACCCGGGGGUGUUGCAGCAUGGGGAAUACAAGCAGAAAUGAGCGGGACGGGGUGGUAGCGGAGAGUGGAUUUGGCACCGCGCAGUGUAGUCAUACAUCAUGGGCAUUGUGUGACCGCGGCGGCCGUCACGGACAUCGUCAGUCUCGGCGAUCGUCAAGGGUAAUUAGUCUAGUGGUCAGGACGCUUCGUUGUGGCUCCGAAUGAUCGCAGCGCGCAACUCUCCGAAGAAACCCCGGUUCGAUUCCGGGAUUGCCCAGCGUUUUUGCUUUGUCGGGGACCUGUUCGACACGCUAUUAGAGACAAUUCGUU